CUCGGGACGAGGCAGUUUCCCCAUUCCAUUUCCUCAUCUGUAGCUUUUGCCUUAACCCUCCUGUAUGGUGGAUAUUCUACCCCAUCCUUCUUUCUUGGGUGAUAUGGGGGAUCAUUCAAAAAAGAAGUCUGGAAUCGCCAUGUGUGUCGGCUGUGGAAGUCAGAUCCAUGAUCAGUACAUACUGCGAGUGUCCCCGGACCUUGAGUGGCACGCAGCCUGUCUGAAGUGCGCAGAAUGCAGUCAGUACCUGGAUGAGACUUGCACUUGUUUCGUCCGAGAUGGCAAGACCUACUGCAAGAGAGACUACGUACGAUUAUUCGGGAUCAAAUGCGCCAAAUGUAACAUCGGUUUCUGCAGCAGUGACCUGGUGAUGAGGGCGCGGGACAACGUCUAUCACAUGGAGUGUUUCAGGUGCUCGGUGUGCAGCAGACAUCUGCUCCCGGGAGACGAGUUCUCUCUGCGGGACGAGGAGCUGCUCUGCCGGGCGGAUCACGGGCUGCUGAUGGAGCGCGCAUCGGAUGGGAGCCCCUGCAGUCCCGGGAACAUUCACUCCAACAGGCCACUGCAAAUCCCAGAACCAGUGCCAGUUCGACAACCACCUCACCGGAACCAUGUUCAUAAGCAGUCUGAGAAGACCACGCGUGUUCGGACAGUGUUAAAUGAAAAGCAGCUUCACACUCUUCGGACUUGUUAUAACGCCAACCCGCGUCCGGACGCGCUCAUGAAAGAACAGCUCGUGGAAAUGACGGGUCUGAGCCCACGCGUCAUACGAGUGUGGUUCCAAAACAAACGCUGCAAAGACAAGAAGAGGUCCAUACUCAUGAAACAACUACAGCAACAGCAGCACAGCGAUAAAACGAAUCUUCAAGGUCUCACGGGAACGCCUCUGGUGGCAGGCAGCCCGAUUAGACAUGACACCACAGUCCAGGGAAAUCCUGUAGAAGUUCAAACCUAUCAGCCUCCGUGGAAAGCCUUAAGCGAGUUUGCCUUACAAAGUGACCUGGACCAGCCUGCUUUCCAACAGCUGGUGUCAUUUUCCGAGUCGGGAUCGUUGGGUAACUCAUCGGGUAGUGAUGUGACCUCUCUGUCAUCACAGUUACCCGACACCCCCAACAGCAUGGUGCCCAGUCCCGUGGAGACGUGAGAGCCCACCGGAGACUCCUGCCCCAGCAUGCCCUCACCCGUCCUGCAUGAAAACCCAUCACCUCACCACCUCAAAACGGAAAAAUGGGAUUAACAAAGAUGGAUUUUAACAGUUUGCCAAACGGAGGAGCCUGUCCAAUCGACUUUGGGUUUUCCAGACGUGUUACAAAACUGUUUCAAAGCAUUUGGACCGCAUAACGAGGAUGUCCAACGGAAUAUGAACACAUUAUUUUGGUUUUUGAUUAUGGACCACUGCCAACCUUAGGAAAACAACAGUCUUAACAGUGUUUAUUCAAGACCAUCAAUGUGUAGCUUUAUCAACAAGUGGUAUUUUCCCUAUAAAAUGAGACAAGAAGCCACGUUUUGUCUUAAUGCGCAUGAUCUCUCCGAAGAUGUAUAAAAACUUGAGUUGUAAAAUAUUUUAUCUUAACGAAUGGAGGACAGAUUGUAAAAACUUCUCGAUUUAAAAAAGUAAGUUAUUGUUAUUUAUUGUCAGGACAUCCGUCCAUACCAAAAAGUGAGAAAUUACAUUAAUAAACGACGUUAAAUGCUGUUUAAGUCUGGAUAAGCUUGCAUGCAAAGGUAACUAUAUCAAUAUCAUUCCUUUCCAUAUCUUUUUUUAUAUUAUAAGAUGACGAGAGACACUUUUCUAUAUAUAUAUAUAGACCUGACAGUAACUGUCCAAAGAUUUGACAACCAGAACAGCAACAACGUAAACAUAAUUAAAUAGUGAAUUUAGUCAUUUAAAUGUCGUGAUAUUUUAAUUUAUUCGACUGGAAAAUUUCCAGUGCAGCUGCAUCAUUACAUGUCUAUUUAGAUAUUCGUAGGUGAAAUUAUAGGCCUACCUUUUGCAUAAUUGUUGCAAUGUUCCUUUUUGGAAAUUACCACACAAAUACCUACACACAAACUAUCCUGAAAUGGAAUGGUUUCAACUAGAAGGGUGCAAGCUUGAUCUUUUUAGAUACAUUUUACCAAACG